AAACUGAAAAGAAAGCGGGACGCCCUUGAACACCUUGAGGAUAAACACUAUCGAGUGUUUUGGUCCAAACACCUUGAGGAAGCUAAAAGAAAGCGGGACGCCCUUCGCAACACUGCUGAUCAGUGUAAGAGGGACGCCCUUCGCAACACUGCUGAUCAGACUGGGAGGGACGCUCUUUGCAACACUGCUGAUCAGACUGGAAGACGGGACGCCCUUCGCAACACUGCUGAUCAACCUGGAAGAACGGAAGACGUAAAAGCCUGGAGACGACAAGACGCCCUUCGCAAAACUGCUGAUCAGACUGGAAGAACGCGUACAAACCUGGAGACGACAAUCAGCUGUCCUAAGGCAAGCCAUCUUACAAGCAAAACGGACGUCCUUCGACAAGUUCAUCUCAAAUAUCAACUAAACCGGACUUCCUUCAACAAGUUCAUUUCAAAUAUCAGCUAUUACGGACUUCCUUCGACAACUUCAUCUCAAAUAUCAACUAUGAAACUUACUUCGACAAGUUCAUCUCGAAUAUCAACUAUCAAACUUCCUUCGACGUCAUCUCAAAUAGCUAUCAAAGUGAUAGCCAACGCACUAAGACCCAAGAAAGAAUCAAUAUGCUUAAAAUCAAAUUGCCAGACCCAAGAAAGAACCAAUACGCUUAAACAGCAAAUUGCGCCACAGACACCGAAAUAG